CGCACGUAUACUUGUGCGUGCGUGUGUGUGAGUGCGCGCGUCUGGCGUGGUGUGGCGUAAUUCCGCAACGCACAGUCGUCAUGAGAGUUUCGUCGUGUGUCACCGAGUGGCCAACAAUGGCGGACGUUUAAAGAGCCCCCUGCGAUUAUUGUGUGCGUUAUUUUUGUUUGUUCGCCGCCAACCCCGAUCAUCACAAAACAUCCGGCAGUGAUUCGUUACCGUUGCGGACGUCUCGUAAAAAAAGAGCGUUUCCGAACUUGUUGGCGAGGGUGAGUUCUUUCCUCCUUCCCCCCCAACACUGUAUUUGUUUUUUCCUCCACGCCCGAGGAGAGUGAUGUUGCCAGUGUUUGGGCGCCAGUUGUUGUUAUUAUUAUUAUGUGCGCGAUGGUGACCAAAUCCAGUUCAGACGGAGAGAUGAAGACGGAAGUAGGAGGACAGAUCGUUGCCGCGGCCGAUCAGCAGCAGCAGAACUUCGAGGCUGCUCCCGGCUCGAGGCUCAGACGUACGUUCACGUUACCCAGGAACCCGCUGACGAGGAUCUCCAAGAGGAAGUUCAAAAAGUCCGAGCCGGAGAUGAUCGACGUCGAACAACAACAACAGCAGCAGCAACCAAACAACCAGAAUCAGCAGCAGCAGCAUGCAGAGGUCGGGCAGAAGAAGGUGUUCCGAAGACCGUCGUUCAGGAAGAUCAUCAAUCGGAUCGCUCAGCACAUCUCCGUGCCGAACGUGAUGAAUGGGGUGAGCGAUGCUCGGGUGCCGCCCGUCGGAGGUCUGCAGACUUGGGCCCCGGACGACACUCCAGGCGUCACCGGCCUCCGCAAUCACGGGAACACGUGCUUCAUCAAUGCGGUGCUGCAGUGCAUCUCGCACACGGACGUCCUCGCCGAGUACUUCGUGCUGGACAAGUACAAGAUCGACCUGUCCCGUCGCAACAAGCUCAACUCCAAGAAACAUGGAACGAAGGGCGAAGUCACCGAGCAGCUGGCCGUCCUUCUGAAGGCCCUCUGGGCGUGCCAGUACAGUCCGGAUCUGAGCACCGGCUUCAAGCUGGUCGUGGAGAGGUACGGAGCGCAGUACAAGGGCACCCAGCAGCACGACGCCUUGGAGUUCCUCAUUUGGCUCCUCGACAAGGUCCACGAGGAUCUCAACAUGGCCCCAAAGAAGAAAUACAAAUCCAUUAAGACUUUGGGCAGGCCGGACGAGGUGAUAGCUGCGGAGACGCUGGAGAACUACCGACGACGGGACAACUCGUUCAUCCACAGCGUCUUCCAGGCGCAGUACAGAUCUUCCCUGAGCUGUCCUACGUGCCUGACCCAGUCGAAUACGUUCGACCCUUUCCAGUGCAUUUCCGUGCAGCUACCCCAACUGCAUCGACACUCCGUCUACGUUACGGUGCUUUACACGUCGCAGCAGCCGCGCGAAGUCCGGCUAGGUCUGUCGCUUCCAUCCGGCGCGAACGUGUCCGAGCUGCGCGACCUUCUCGAAUCGGACACCUCGAUAUCGAGGUGCGAUAUGCUUCUCACCGAGAUCGGUACCGGUGGAUUCCUUCGCACCUUCACCGAUCAGCAACCGGUGAACGUUAUCACCGACGCGGACCCCGUCUAUUGCAUCGAGGUGCCCCAACUGAAGGAUGCCGCAGACGACGAUGACGAGAACGAGAACCAGAGCGCCGCGUACGUUCUGCUCUGUUGGAUCAAUGUGCUCGUCGAGAACACCACCGCAAAUACAACCAUCACCAACGACGACGAUUGCAUACGAUUUGGCAGUCCGUACACGAUGCAGGUGAACAGGGAAACGUCAUACGUGGAUCUGCAGAAGCUGAUGCUGAAAGAGAUGGCGCCCAUCCUGCACGACGAUAUUUUGACUUCGGCGCAAGCCCAGGACAUAUUUAGAAUACGAAUUUCGGACCCGGCCUGCAAUGCAAACGAACCGGCUUCUUAUCUGGAGCCGGACCUGGAGCACCCGCUGUUCAUGGAGGCCGUCGAUCAGGCUUUGGCGCUCUGCGGCGAGGAGAGCGGUCCGACGCACGUAAAGCUCGUUCUCGAGUGGACGCCUAUCGCCAAGGAGGCCGUCAUCGCUGACGACACAGAAGACGUCGAGGAGCAUUCCAGCGUUAAGCAGCUAAAAACACAAGCUCUGCAAGGUGGAGCUCCUUUAACACUGGAAGAGUGCUUGAGGCAUUACACGAAAGCCGAAACCCUCGACGACGCUUGGCGGUGUCCGCAAUGUCAGCAAUACCAACCAGUGAUUAAGACGUUGGAUAUGUGGUCGCUCCCAGAUAUCCUGGUAGUUCACUUCAAACGCUUCAGACAGCAAACGCUGAAAGGUAGGAACAGCACCAAACUGCUGACGAUGGUGGAGUUUCCCGUGUGUUCGUUCGACAUGACCCCGCACCUUGCUAAAACCACAACCACCACCACCAACAACGGUGGCAACAUCAACGGAUCUGAUCAGAAUCAUCAUCAUAAUCACCACAAUAACCACCAGCACAACAAUCAUCACCAUCAGGAGCAGAUCUUGAAUGGGGUGAAUUGGUCGCCGUGGAAGAGGACGCGAAAGCAGUCCACCACCAACGACAACACGUACGAUCUGUACGCGGUCGUUUACCAUCAUGGAAACGAUCUGGAGACCGGGCAUUACACUGCAGCCUGCAGGAAUCCGUACGACAGUAACUGGUACCUCUACGACGACGCGAAGGUUGUCAACCUGACCGAGCAGAGCAACGACAUCGCCUUGGAUCUGGUGAACAAUAGUGCCUACAUCCUUUUCUAUCAGAAACGUAACGGCGUCUACGUUAAUUCGAGCUCAAAUUCGAGCAGCGCAGCCAGCACCAGCUCUGUGGGUUCGGCAGGCGACCACUGGGUCUCGCGAAUGCCCAAGUUCGUGCCGCCCAAGGGCAAAGAUAAGAAGGCCGGGAAGAUUAUCGAGACUGCUGCUGUUACCACCACCACCACCCCCAUCACUACUACAACAACAACCACAGCGACGACACCCGAAACGAAAGUGGAGAUCCACGAUGCGAUCGUUACCAACAGCACAGCCGUCGAGCCUACGACCACGACGCUGGACGAGGUGACGUUACGCAAUUCGCAGAAUACGUUGUACAAUAGUAACAAUUCCAUCAGAAAGUCAGAACCAACGUCGCAGCCGACGGAGGAAACGAAGAAGUACACGACCAGCAUUUACAUCAACGCUUCCGGUAACGUGGACAUUACAACCAGCGAAGUUGCUGUAGUCUCGACGGCCGUCCAGAGUCCGGUGCUGAGCCCGCACAGGGUUAACGGCAUCUCCGACGAUGAUAUACAAGUUAAGCUAGACGAGAGCAGCGAGGAGAGCAGGAAAACGCGCAGUCUACAUGUAGAAAGACAAUGCGAGAAACCGAUAACGGAUGAACGUUUGAGCUGGGUCAAUUGAGAUGAGAAGAAGAAGAAGAAGUGUUCGGCUGAAGAAACCGAACAAUAUUAAUUUAUAUAUACAUAUACGAUGAAGAAUAAUUAAUAUAAAUAAUAUAUUUUUUAUGUGCAUGUAAAUAGUAGAAUUUAUAUCGAUUAUAUAAAUAUGAUUAUGAUGUAAUUUUGCACCGAAAAGAAAGCAACGCGAUGGGGCGCUAUUUGGGUUGCCUAGAAGAAGAAACGACGAUGCGAAGGGGAAACAUUUAAUUUAUUAAUUAAUUAACUAAUUGAGGAGUGAGAGUGAAAGGAGAAACGAACUUUAUAUAUGUAAAUGCAUGCAUGCAGCAUAGAUAUAUAUAUGUUAUAUACACACACUGAUGGAUAC